AUGCAGAGUUUCACGUUGCUGCAUUCCAAAAAUGACCAAAGGACCAGUGAAGAAGCAGCACAGGAUAUACUCGAAGAAAAAAUCUCGCGGGAUCAUCAUUUCGGUAAGACAUAUUCCUUUUCAUUUGGUAGCGCUUUGAGUCUCUCAAGAAUGAUUUGGAACGUUUUGGGAAAGUUGGUGGAUUAUUUGACAAGCGACUCGGUAACUCUAAUGCCAAACUCACGGAAUCAGAAAAGUCCCUUCAAAGACAUAUCGUGGAAAAGUUGUGUGUCUUUAGAAAGCAUUGAUGAUAAAGACCCUCUCUUCAGGGCAGCCCAUGAUGGAACUAGGGCUGUUCAAAAACUCUGCACCGCGGAUGAUGUAGAAGGUGGAAUUGGAGUUACAAAAUUGGAAAGGUUAAAACGUGUUGAGGAAAACGAAGAACAACGUGAACGUCUGAAAACAGUUAACAAUGAUUGGACUAACAAUAUACGUUUUCUCCUAAACAAGGUUCAAGGUCUUGGAAAGCUUCCUGUAAUACAUUCUAAGCAGAAAAAUACUGCACACGUUGCCCGCUUAUUAGAAGUGCUAACAACAGACAAGAAGAUUGUACCUAUCGGUUUUGUUCCCCGCAUACACAACCCCGAGGAACAACUCUCCAAGCUUCAGGAUAUGGUGGACACUCGCAGAACUACUAUCAGAACCGAGGAACGUUCCAUGAAAGGAAAAAUAUCAGUCAGAAUGCUUCGUAUUUUACUCACAUUGCCAAAGGAAAAGUUGUAUGCCAUUACUUACAUAUCUGCCCAGUUGUGGACGGCGAAGUUUCAGCGUUUGAAAGAUGUUGUCCGUUAUCUUUUUCUAACCCAGUUGGCCAUUGAGUAUUGCCAAAACGAAUUUAAUCGCCAGCAAAGUGACGAAAUAUCUACAAGUGUUACUAAAUAUAGCGUUUUUUGUGCGGAAAUCAUUCAUUCACUUGCUCAAAUGUUUCGGCUAACUGUUGCUGAUACAAAUUCACAAAACAUUUUAGUCCUCAAAAAGUCACCUCCCUCUAUUGAAUCGCCUGACUCCAUCAAUCUCAGCAUUCAGUUACUAGAUUCCUCUACCAGACUAUCUCGUGAUGAAAUGCCUACUGUUCGUUUGGCCUGUGUAUACAGAAUGAUUCGUCUGAGUUCUCAAAUUUUUGAUGUAUACGACAAAGUUUUACCGAAAUGUGUUUUGGUGAAUCUGUUUCGUCCUCUGAAAACGGCUCUGAUAGAAAGCGAUUUUCUGUUUUAUCCGGCUGUCAUAAUAAAUGAGGUAAGGAGACUUUCAGAGGCAAUCACAAUUGCGGAAAAGGCUCCUGCACCUCCGCGUCUGGUAGUAGACUCUCGUCUCUCUAUUCUAAAUACUUUGAAACCAACGGAUUCUAAAACUCUAAAAAGAUUAGGCAUUUUGCCUCAACUGGAACCUGUUUUUGAUGAGCGUAUAUUUGCCUCCCGACGCAGUAAGAUUGACACCAAACGAAUCCUUCAAAGGAGAGUCGCGAAGGAAAAACGCUGUGCUAUGCGUGCUGUUCGACAAGAUAGUCAGUUUUUGGCUUCUCAUCAGCUGAAGCUUACAAAGAGAAGUGACUCUGUUCGUGAGAAGAAGACGAAAGCUAUUUUGAAUUCACUUCGUUCAGUUGAAGAUUAA